CCUUCCGGUUCGCAGCUCGCAAAACCUGUCGCCGCAACCCACUCCUUGGACAAGAUCGAGUCAAUCUCGCUGCGCGCGAUCUACGCAAGCUAAAAUGGCCGGCCUCAGCCCCCAAGUAACAAACCUGAUCAUCAUUCUCGGAAUGAUGCAGGUCGCGAAGAGGAUUCCUUUCGAUGAUCCGAAUGUGCUCAACAUCUGCCGCGCCGUCUAUGUCGCUAGCAACUUGAUCGUCCUUAGCAUCUACCUUUACAUAAAAUCCGUUAUCGACAAGAAGAAGGACAUGACGACGCUUAAGUACGUCGAGCCGGCACCGAUGGGCUCGAGUGAAGAGGGCAAGCUCGUCACCACGACCGUGCACGCCUACGACCUUAGCCAGCUCAAGAACCUCAUACGCUCUCAGGGCAUGGGUGUCCUCAUGAUGGGCGUGAUGCACCUUUACUUCAAGUACACCAACCCUCUGCUCAUUCAGAGCAUCAUUCCGCUCAAAGGUGCGCUUGAGUCGAACCUGGCCAAGAUCCACGUAUGGGGCCAGCCAGCGGUCGGCGACCUGAAGAGGCCUUUCAAGCAGCCUGCGGGUUUUAUGAGUGGCCUCCAGAACGGGCCCGCCCAGGCCGAUAAGAAGGCAGUUGAGGCUGCUGAGCGGGCCGGUCGCGGUGGCGUCAAGGAGGAGUGAUCGAUCUGAGAUUGCGACGGGAAUAAGCCGCAGAGAUCCUGUAUAGUAAAGCCCAGGGCCACGGGUAUAUCAUGACACGGUUACUAGACGGUGGGGUGUGUGGUGAGGGCGGAGGCGGGAUGCCAUCUUUAGGAGCAGAUAAUGGAGCAUUCCGUUUGGUUACGCGAUGAUUCAGGAACGGGCCAUCCGCCACCUUCAGAG